AUGUGCUGCCGGCCAAGCCGUUCCGCUGUCAGUGGUCGCUAUCGCUCUGCAUCAUCGGUCCGCCAGACGCCACGGAGGCGGCGCAAUAGACCACAGCCAUCAAGACUCUCGCUGUAGAUCGGCCGCGCUUCUCCGAAGCAAACCACCACCAAUCUCUGAAAGCGUCCGCCUGAAGGUGAGCUUUUUCCUCGUAAUCUUCGGUGCAAUCUCGUUUCAUCUCUUCUCCGAUCGAUUAGUGUAGCGUUUUUCAGAAGGGAUUUGGAGGGUUUUGUUUUCUAGGGUUUUCUGUUGUUGCAUCGAAUGGCGUCGAACAGCAACAACCAAUCAAGGGCAAUCGGUGGCCCUUCGCCUCUGGUGAACCCGGGAAUGGGCUCGCCGGCGGCCAACCAGUCCUCCCUUCUCCGCCCACCUUCGCUGCCUCAGGCGCCAGUUGGUUCCCCUUUUCAAGGCCUCUGCCAGACCCCGCUCCAGUCCCAGGUCCGCUCCCCGUUCCAGGUCCAGUUCGGAAACGCCGUGCUCGGCGCCGUCGGAGCCCCCUCCCCUUCCUUCUCCACCCCAGGCACGUCGGCCGCGAAAAGACCCCCUCAGAAGCCGCCUGCUCGCCCACCGGCGCCCGCCCCUGGUGCUGCUACUCUUAGCAUCAAGUCUGCCGAGCUGACCCCGGCUGGCCGGAGGAAGAAGCGGAAGCUACCGGAGAAGCAGCUGCCUGACCGGGUCGCUGCUCUCUUGCCUGAAUCCGCCCUCUACACCCAGUUGCUUGAAUUCGAGGCCCGGAUUGAUGCUUCACUUGCAAGGAAGAAGAUUGACUUCCAGGAAGCCUUAAAAAACCCUCCUUCCAUGCAGAGGACCCUCAGGAUUUACGUCUUCAAUACUUUCACCAACCAGACCCGCACAAUUCCUGAACCAAAGAAUUCUGAGCCCCCCUCGUGGUCACUGAAGAUCAUUGGUAGGAUAUUAGAGGAUGCUGUGGAUUCCGAUCCUGCCAGUGGGCUGCCUAAGCCCAAUCCCAUGUACCCCAAGUUCUCAUCCUUCUUUAAGAGGAUUAGUAUUGCUCUGGACCCGACACUCUACCCGGAAAGCCCGACAAUCAUAUGGGAGAAUUCACGCUCACCAGCACCACAAGAGGGCUUCGAGGUUAAGCGGAAAGGAGACAAGGAGUUCACUGCCAGUAUAAGGCUGGAGAUGAAUUAUAACCCUGAAAAGUUUAAAUUGUCACCUGCGUUGAUGGAGGUUCUUGGGAUCGAGGUUGAUACACGUGCCAGAAUUAUCGCUGGGAUAUGGCAAUAUGUCAGGGCAAAGAAGUUGCAGAACCCAAGCGAUCCCUCCUAUUUUACUUGUGAUCUACCUUUGAAGAAGGUGUUCGGAGAAGACAAGAUGAAGUUUGCCAUGGUGUCACAGAAGAUCUGGCAGCAUUUGUCUGCUCCACGACCAAUUAAUUUGGAGCAUAGGAUCAGGCUUUCAGGGAAUGGUGCAGUGAGCAAUGCUUGUUAUGAUGUGCUGGUUGAUGUUCCUUUCCCACUCCACAGAGAAACGUCAGCCUUCCUUGCCAACACAGAGAAACACAAAGAAAUUGAGGCCUGUGAUGAAGUCAUUUGUGCUUCUAUUAAGAAGAUUCAUGAGCACCGCAGGAGGAGGGCAUUCUUUCUUGGGUUCAGUCAAUCUCCAGUGGAGUUUAUAAAUACUUUGAUUGCUUCUCAGAGUAGGGACUUGAAGCUUGUUGCUGGGGAAGCAAGUCGUAAUGCUGAAAGGGAACAUCGUUCUGACUUCUAUAACCAACCAUGGGUUGAAGAUGCUGUCAUACGUUAUCUAAAUCACAAGCCAGCAGCGGGUAAUGAUGCUCCUGGUAGCACAUGAGUUCAACAUCAAUUAUGCUUGGUAGGAGAAAGCAGCAAUUCAGAUGUUGCUUUGAAGGUUCUUGUAAUUUUUGCAGCCUUUAGUUCCUAGAGAAGAAAAGGGCGAAGAAUAUCAAGUUCUUUAGCUUGCUGCCAUAAAACCUGACCUUGUUGGUAUUAAGCCAAUUUCUGGUUCUAGUGGCUGAACUUUCUCCAUUCUUGUCAUUAUCUGACUUUUAAAUGGCAACAUAGAUGGGUCUUAUGUGAAUGAUUUCUGAGAUGCAGUUAUCUUUGCCGAGAUACAAAGUCUCAGCUUGACCAUGAAGAUUAUACUAAACCAAUUGGUGGUGCAAGAAUGUAUCGCAACCACAGGAGCAGAACUAUAGUGGAGCUUACUAUUGGUAUUUCUUUGGGGCUCCUAAAAGUUCGCUGUGGAUUUACCUUCUUGUAAUGAUUUGGCUUGCCUUUUCUUCCACGAGCACCUGACAUCAAGAAUUUCUCACCAUUUGAUGUAAAAUUUUUCAUUGUUUCCUGCUUCAAAAGCCAUCCGGAGUUGUACUAAUCUCAAUACCUGGCCUCGAUCGUCUACACUAUGGGUAGUACUCAUCUCAAUUUUGAUGUUCAUAGUAAUAUUUUAUAUGUAGAUAUAAUGGUACUUUUGUCAGCAAGAAGCUCAAGAAAGUGUGGAAACCCAAUUUGCUAGUCCA